GGAAGCAGCGGCUGCCUCUGGACGCUCUCAAGAUGGCGACUUCUCUGGGUUCCAACACCUACAACAGGCAGAACUGGGAGGAUGCGGACUUCCCCAUCCUGUGCCAGACGUGUCUUGGAGAAAACCCGUAUAUCCGAAUGACCAAAGAAAAGUAUGGGAAGGAAUGCAAAAUCUGUGCCAGGCCAUUCACAGUGUUUCGCUGGUGCCCCGGAGUCCGCAUGCGUUUCAAGAAGACUGAAGUGUGCCAAACCUGUAGUAAACUGAAGAAUGUCUGUCAGACUUGCCUCUUGGAUCUGGAGUAUGGCCUGCCCAUCCAAGUUCGUGAUGCAGGGUUGUCUUUUAAGGAUGACAUGCCAAAAUCAGAUGUCAACAAAAAGUACUACACACAGAAUAUGGAGAGGGAGAUUUCUAACUCUGAUGGAACACGGACAGUUGGCAUGCUGGGGAAAGCCACAUCCACCAGUGACAUGCUGCUCAAACUGGCCCGGACCACACCCUACUACAAAAGGAAUCGACCCCACAUUUGCUCCUUCUGGGUGAAAGGAGAGUGCAAGAGAGGAGAGGAAUGUCCAUAUAGACAUGAGAAGCCUACAGAUCCAGAUGACCCCCUUGCUGAUCAGAACAUUAAAGACCGAUAUUAUGGAAUCAAUGACCCUGUGGCAGAUAAGCUUCUAAAGCGGGCUUCAACAAUGCCUCGUUUGGACCCGCCAGAGGACAAGAUUAUCACCACACUCUAUGUUGGUGGUCUGGGCGAUACCAUUACUGAGACAGAUGUAAGAAAUCACUUCUACCAGUUUGGAGAGAUUCGGACGAUCACCGUGGUGCAGAGACAGCAAUGUGCUUUCAUCCAGUUUGCCACAAGGCAGGCUGCCGAAGUGGCUGCGGAGAAGUCCUUUAAUAAGCUAAUUGUCAAUGGCCGUCGACUUAAUGUGAAAUGGGGAAGCUCUUCCCCCUCCUCCUGCAGCAGAGGAAGAAGCCUCUGCCAACUACUUCAACCUGCCCCCCAGUGGCCCUCCAGCUGUGGUGAACAUCGCCCUGCCACCACCGCCUGGAAUUGCCCCACCCCCACCUCCAGGUUUUGGGCCACAUAUGUUCCACCCAAUGGGACCACCACCUCCUUUCAUGAGGGCUCCAGGACCAAUCCACUAUCCUUCUCAGGAUCCUCAGAGAAUGGGAGCUCAUGUUGGGAAACACAGCAGCCCCUAGCACAUUAUCACCAUUCUGGGGCUCUACAGAAGACAGAGCGCUUAAAAAUCCCAGUAAACGAAUCUUGGAAUAAAUAUAUUUUUUCUUCCUUUGUAGUUUCCAUAGUAGCUGAAUGUGUUCAGAUGUGGGCAUUCAGAAAACAAUAGCCAUGCUUUGAUUGAUGGACCUCAAAUAAGCUGCCAUUGACACAUCUGAUUACUACUAUAAGGUUACUAAUAAAACUUAAUGCCUGCUCCCCUUCUAUGGGGAGCAAGCAAAGGCGUGAAUUGGAAUAUGCAAUGGAGUUACCAUCCCAAUUAUAUGUUUAUUUUGUAUUAAUAUUUUGGAGGGGGGGGUGCAUUAACCUACGGAAAGAAUCUUUUGACCAUUUUUAUGUCCAUUAGGUAUUUUCCUUUUUAUCAUCUAAAAAGAGAUUACUAGUACUAAUCAUUGUAGUGGCGUAAGUGUGAUUUAACACUUCUGAAGUCACACCCUCAGAAAGACAAGUGGAAUCCAGCAGGCAGCUCUGCCCAGGUCUCUUCUUAACCUCUCCUUCCCUCAUUGAUUACUAAAGGAAUCUGGCUAAUAGUUUUACUUCUCUAUGCUACCAAGAGAGACAAA